CAAUUCCUUCGCAAAAAUUUCAUCAUUUCCCCCUGAAUCCCUCCAUUUUUCAUGCCUUCACGUGAAUUACUUUUUCACCCUAUUAAGUCUCACGGGAAUACAACAUUCAGAUGAAAAAUGAAUAAAUAAUUCAUCUGCUGAAUAAGCUCUUUUUAUAGAUCCCCAACGAUUCCCAGAAUUACACCAAAAAUUUGCCUUCGACGAACUACAAACCGCAAAUAAAAAAACCUCAAAGACCCCCUAAACCCCAAACAAGUCGAUAAUUUUAUUGCAAAAUUCCCAACCCUGUCCCUCGUAUUGAAUCUCCCCAUCCGAGCAAAAUCCCCUCCCCCUCUCCCACUAAUUAUUCCCGCAUAUUUCUCCCCCCGAAAUGCGAAAAAAAAAUCAGAAGAAGAAUUCAAACAAAAAUUCGGUGAUCCCACGCGUUCCACUAUUUCGAGAAUCAGUGCGACACAUUACGUAAGUGGAAAAUACAGAAGUGAAAGAUAAAAGCGAAAGAUGAGCCAUCCAAAAAUUCAGUGUAAUUCGGCCUGAGUGACACCAUGUGCAAAUGAAAUUAUUCAUUUCACCCCCGACUGCAUCCUAAUAAUGGACGAUUAAGACCAAUGAGCGAGUGCUCAACGUUUUUCAACUAAAUAAAUCGUCUGUAACAUUAAAUCGGCGAGUGACAGUGGUCCAUAGGACCUCCCGCGAACGUCUCUCGCAAGAAAAUAAGAAGGAAACGAGGGUACGUGGUAGCGGGUGUCGAGUGGUGGGAGCUCGAGCUUUAUUUUCGUCCGCCUCGACGCAUCUCCGUGGGACACUGGUAAUGUUCCGUCGAACUGAGCUUUUGAGCAUAUCACCUCCGUAACCCAGUGUUAUUUCAUUAAUAAAUAACGAAGUAAAAAGUGUCAUCGCAAUGGAGGAGAGUUACGCGGUGCACAGACGUCGUAAAGCAGCGGCAUCAGCGAGAAAACGUGAGAAAACCCCGGAGGCACGACCGGUUGAUGAUGAUGUUGACGAUGAGGAGGAUACCGAGGCUAGGGAAGCUCGUGCGCGAAUGGAACGAAUGGUGGAGGACACAGAGCGUAUGGAGGCACUUGCCAAUGAGGCGCCAGAUAAACCGGGUGACAUUAUUGAUGACAACAAACCUGACCCGAUUACACCAACCAGGCAAAAUCAAGACAAUACAUUUGACGAUUCAAAGACGGGGGAAAUUGCUAACGAAAAUAGAAUGGAAUCUGUUAGACGUGUUCGAGACACAUCCAGAAGACGUGCCAAACGAUCGCAGGAGCGAUUCAGCACCGGUGGCUCAAGCGCUGAUGAUGAUAAAUCAAGUAAGAGCGAGGCUGAGAGAAAUGAGAGGAAGAGAGAGAAGAGACCGAGACGAUUGAGAAAAGAGUCGUCGAGACGAAGUGAUUGUAACGAUCCCACACGAUCGCCAAGAUAUACCGAACCGGUUCCACCACCCAGAGGUGGUAAAUCACCCGGGGAAAUGGCAUCUGAGACAGCCACAUCGCAUCGUAAACAUCAUUUUGAUGACUACAAUAAGACGAAGGGGAGUAAGUCAACAUCAGGGGAGACUGUCAGGUCGUCUCGGGAUGAAGAAGGGGGUGGGACACCGAGUGUUGAUAUUUCAUCACGAGGGGGGAAACAGACUGCUCCACUUGGCAAUAACAGCCUGAGGGAGGAUCUGACAUCACCAGGAGUCGGUAGAUCGCAGGGAGACGAAACAGUCACUUCGCGUCGUAAAUCAAAUCACUCGGAGGAUUCCAAUAGUCCGAAGGGGACUAAGUCGUCAUUGGAGACUGUCAGGUCGCGAUCGAGGAGGUCAUCUUGCUCGGAAGAUGCUGGACAGAAGACCAGGGAGGGUCUUCAGAGGGAGGAUGAGUCCGGUCUGGCGCAGCGCAACGAUGGUAGUGCUUCACAGGGAGGUGGGAGAGAUCGGGGGGAUGAAACGUCUUCCUCGCGUCGUAAACAUCAUUCUGAUGAAUCUAAUAAUGGAAAAGGGAGUAAGGGGACUUCGGAGGCUGUCAGAUCGCGAUCGCGAAGGUCGUCUUGCUCUGAAGAUCCUGGACAGAGGACGAGGGAGACUCUUCAUCGGGAGGAAGAGGCCAGUUUGACGCAGCGUAGGGGUAGCAUUCCUUCUCGUGGAGUCAAACAAAUUAUUCCUCUCAGCAAUGACAGCUUGAUUCAUGACCUUGAGAUAGCUCAACAGCUGUACGGAAGACGGGAGAUCGGUAUUUUGGAUGCCGACGGUGAAGACUACGUCAGUCCCAAGAUGGAGGCUGCUUUGAGGAGGAGGAAGAGGCACAAGAGCAAAAUUGAGGUGGGGGAUGUGCGCGGGGGUAAGGGUGAUGUCAAGGAUGGGGAGGAUGUUAAGGGCUCGUGGCUGUGGUCCUGGGUCAAGUUUUGGAGGGGAAAGAAGGAGAAGGUGGAUGUGCCAAUGGAUGACGUACCACCGGCGGAUGAGGCUGCACCAGUGGAGAAAAAAAUCGAGAAUAAGGGGGGGAAAGUUAAGGGAACGUCGAAGUUCCUGGAGUACGUCAGGAUAUCCUCGGAUUUGAGGGCGGAAUUUGGUAUUUACGUCGCCCAGAACACGAGGCAGACCGAUGUCCUGAGGAAACUCAGGAAUCGGUGUAUUGCUGAGUUGAUUAUCAUGAUUAUUUACUGCGGUCUUGGAGCUUUCGUUUUUCGAUUCACCGAGGGAGCUUUUGAACAGUUCUACAAGUGCGGGGUUAAGAGGGUGAAGCGGGAUUUUUUGGACAGCCUGUGGAAUUACAGUCACAAUUUGAGGGAGGACGAUUGGAAGAGCAUGGCUAGAAGAAAAUUGAAGGAGUUUGAGGAGCAACUCUAUGAGGCUUAUGACGCAGGACUUCAUACUUACAGUGGACAGAAAACCUGGAGUUUUCUUAAUGCUUUCGUUUAUUGUCUGACGGUUGUUACUACUAUUGGCUACGGUCACAUAUACCCUACAACGUCCACUGGCCAAGCGAUGACCAUAAUCUACGCAAUUUUUGGUAUUCCCAUGUUUUUAAUAAUUCUCGCUGAUUUCGGUAAAUUAUUCACCCGAGGGAUGAAGUUCCUUUGGGCAUUUGUGAGACGGGUGUACUACACGGGGAGUUGCCGAAGGGUCAGGAGAACUGCCCCAGUUCAGGAAGUGAUGAAGGGGGUUCAAUUGGUCUACGAUUUUGCGACAUUUCGUCGUCCCUCCCAGAUGAAUCCGGAGGAGAUUGAAGAGAUGAAUCGACAGACAGUCCCUCAGACAACGAUCAGUCUCGAUGGCAAUACACCACUACCUCAGCCUGAUACACCGGGCACACCAGCAUUCUCGGCCUUUGAAAUUGAUGAUGAGUUCAAUCUGCCAAUUUCUGUCGCUAUCACUCUACUCCUCGCGUAUAUAUUCGUCGGAGCUACUGCAUACAAUAUCUGGGAGGAUUGGAACUUCUUCCAGAGUUUCUACUUCGUAUUUAUAUCCAUGAGCACUAUUGGCUUCGGCGAUUUCGUACCAAAGCAUCCUAUAUACAUGAUGUGCUCUAUAGUCUAUCUCGUCUUUGGCCUUGCCCUCACGUCCAUGUGUAUCAACGUCGUCCAGGUAAUGCUGUCUGAUUCGUUCAAACAGGCGAGUCAAAAGAUAGGUGCCACCAUAGGUUUCGAAGUUGCGGUAGACGACGGAUCGAUACAAACUACUGCACCACCACCAGUUGAAGUUGCUGACGUACACGCAACGAUUAGAGAGGAUGAUGAGUACAAUGAGAAGAAACAAGCGCCCAAGGCUAAGGAGGAAGACGUCGAUUUGUAAAAUAAUAAAUAUUGGAUAAUUUAUGCACAUUCUCUUGGUAACACCUCUGAAUAUUACGAGCCAGCGGAAUUAUAUGUAGUGACAAAUUAUGUUAUUUAUUUAGAAACAAAAUUGGAGCUUCAAUUGGUUUGGAGAAAUUUUUUAAGUAUGUUUUUUCAAGGUUUUGUCUGUGCCAGGACAGUAGUUUAUUUGUUAUAGGGAUUUUUGCGAUUUAAUAGGAAAAUUUUGUAUUAGCUGACGUUAUGAAAUAUGAGGAGAGAAAAAUUGAAAUGUCCUGGGAAUUUUCAGUAGUUAAUUUUGGGGAGGAAUAUGAAAUUCAUAUUUUCCAUCGAAUUGCUAUUUUCGAAUAAUAAAAUUCGUUGAAUUUCCUGUAAAACUGUCUUACGAUGAAUAUUUUUACGAAAUAUAUAAAAAAUUUAACGACGAUCUGAGAAUUUCUUGGCUUAAGAAAUAGUUUUUUUAUCACAAGAUGAAAGAUUGACUAAAAAUACUAGCUUCGACCCAAUGAAUCAUGAAUCAGGGACUUUACCGCUGACUGAGUACAGAAUUCACACGAUGAAAACUCAUGAUCAAGUCCAGAAAGACGAUAAAAUCAUGAAUACUUAUAAAUACUCUGAAUUAUUAUAGGAUAGUUCAUUUAGAAAUUCCAGUUUCCAUUGAUUCCGCGAUCGAUUCGCGAUUUUUCCGCAAAUAUGCCGAGAAUUUCACAACGAAGUGAGAGUCUCGAGGCUAAACCGUUUCUUUUUAAUCAAGACAUCGAAGAUUAACUAAAAAUACUGGCUUCGCUCGAGUGAGCCGUGACUCAGGGACAUUUUUACUGGCUGAAUACAGAAUUCGCCGAUGACAAACGCUGAAAUUCAAACAAUAUUCAGAGAUGUAACCCACCGCUUCCCAACGAUUGUCAUAAAAUCACGAUCAUUUGCCCAGAUUUGUGGUGCUCGCAGACCGAAAAUUCACCGCGCAUUUCAGCGAUAAUUCGAGAUAAGCCUCGAAUGAAUAGCCAGUGGUCAUCACAAGAAAAACUAACGAGAUCCCCUCGCCAAUGAUCAAUAUCUUUGUGCAUUGGCGAAGGGAUGGAUUUUCAAAUGCAAAUAAAUGCCUACGCUGUCUACUGCUGGGAAAAUUUUGUGCCUUUUAAUAAAGAAUCUAAAAA